CAACACGUCAGUGUUGUAGAGUGCUGUGUUGGCUAUAGACUCGUGCAGUCGUGCAGUUGUACAGGUACUUUGUAGUUGGCAGUUGGCACUCGGCAGUGAGCGGUCUAUGGUUGUAGGAGUGUUACGUGUACCUCAGUAACGAUAUUUUUCCAAUAGAAGUCAAACCUUAUAUUUACAAAUAAAGUUAUAAAUUUAUUAUUAAAAAAAAAAUAACAAUAAUAAUGUCGAACAAUAAAGAUCCGGCUGAUAACCAACUCGAAGAUUUUAAAAAAUCUGUUAAGAGUACUGAUGUUAUUAGGACAGGGAAUGGUGCACCAGUUGAUGAUCAUACUAAUACAAUUCAAGCUGGAGUAAAUGGACCACUGGUGUUACAAGAUCAUACUUUUUUAGAUGAAAUAUCGCAUUUUGAUCGUGAACGUAUUCCAGAACGAGUUGUACACGCAAAAGGAGGAGGUGCAUUUGGUUACUUUGAAGUAACACAUGAUAUUACAAAAUAUUGUAAAGCUGAAAUAUUUUCGAGCAUUGGAAAACAAACUCCUGUCGCUGUAAGAUUUUCCACUGUUGGCGGGGAGAGCGGAUCAGCUGACACUGUUAGAGACCCAAGAGGUUUUGCUGUAAAGUUUUAUACUAAAGAUGGAAUUUGGGAUUUAGUUGGAAACAACACGCCAAUAUUUUUUAUAAGGGACCCAAUUUUAUUUCCAAGUUUUAUUCAUACCCAAAAGAGAAAUCCAGUUACCCAUUUAAAGGACGCAAAUAUGUUUUGGGACUUUUUGACUCUUCGUCCUGAAUCAUUACAUCAAGUGAUGAUACUGUUCUCAGAUCGUGGAAUUCCAGAUGGAUAUCGUCAUAUGAACGGUUAUGGAUCUCAUACAUUUAAAAUGGUCAAUUCUUGUAAUGACGCAGUUUAUGUUAAAUUUCAUUUCAAGACUGAUCAAGGUAUAAAAAAUUUGGAUGUUAAAAGAGCUCGCGAUCUUGCUGCUGAUGACCCAGAUUAUUCAAACCGCGAUUUGUUCAAUGCUAUUGCUAAUGGUAACCAUCCAACCUGGACUCUCUACAUUCAAGUGAUGACAUUUGAAGAAGCUGCUGCUAAUAAAUUCAAUCCUUUUGAUAUUACAAAAGUUUGGUCACAUGCUGAUUAUCCAUUAAUACCAGUUGGCAAACUAGUAUUGAAUCGUAACCCCACUAACUAUUUUGCUGAUAUCGAACAAAUUGCUUUUAGCCCAGCGCAUAUGGUGCCUGGUAUUGAACCUAGUCCAGAUAAACUUCUCCAGGGACGAUUGUUUUCUUAUAGUGAUACGCAUCGCCAUCGUUUAGGAGCUAACUAUUUGCAGUUGCCUGUAAAUUGUCCAUACCGUUCAAAAGUUGCUAAUUAUCAACGCGAUGGACCUCAAGCUUAUGAUAAUCAAGGAUCUGCACCAAAUUACUAUCCCAAUAGUUUUUCUGGACCAGAACAACAACCUACUUAUAAUAUGUCAUCAUUCAAUGUUUCUGGUGCUGUUGCUAAAUAUGAUUUAAGUAAUGAUGAUAACUAUAGCCAGGCAGGUUUACUUUAUAGAAAAGUUUUACCUAAAGAUGAACAAAAUAGAUUGGUUGAAAAUAUAGUUGACAACUUAAAACAUGCUGCUGAUUUUCUACAAGAAAAGGCAAUCUAUCAUUUCACUCAAAUUGAUGCAGAUUUGGGUAAACAACUAAGAGAACAUUUGAAGUUGGCCAAGUGUUCAAAAGCAAACCUUUAAUAAUUUUAAUAAAUCACUUAAUUAUUUAAAAUACAUAAAAAUAACUAAAAUUAUUUUUUUUUUUUUUAUCUAUUAUUGUAUUACUUUUUAAUUUUUAUUAAGCUGUGUAAAGACAAACUGUUUAAUUACUCAAGUGACUUAAUAAUUGUGUAAGUUUAUUUAUUAUAAUUUUUAAAUCAAAACAAUUUUUAAUAUAUUAUCCAUUAUUUUACAUUAAUAUUUGAUAUGUCAUUUUGAAAUUUUAUUUUUUUGAAAUUUAUCAAUAUAAAAUACAAGUUGAUAAGACAUGUUAGGCUUUCCUUUCCAUUAAAUGAAAUUUUAAUAAAUUUACUUAUUCUGAGUACUCUGGAAAUUUUAUAUUUUUGGAACUUGGGUCUUUGUUUGCUGUUUGUUCUGCAUAAGAUUUUUAGCCAUCCUUCACUUCCAAAUCUUCAUUAUAAUUUGUAAUACAUUUAUAAAGUUUUGUGAAAAAAUUUUUUUUGUUAGAAAUUUCAACUAAAAUUUUUUAUUGGCAUUUCAAAGUUUAAAAUAAGAGUAGGGGGAAUUGAAGAUUGCAGAAAUAGCCAACAUUUAAAUAAUUUUUUUUGUGUCAAUUGUUUGUAAGCUGUUAGGUAGGAAAUACCUAUUGGUAGUUUAUUUGGUAUUUGUUUUAUAUUAAAAAGAAUAUUGUUAUCUCUUAUUAAAACUGUGGUAAUGUUGAUCAUAUAGUAGUACAUUCACAAGCAUUCUUGUGAAGAACGUUCGAGAAUGCAUAAAACUGUGUAUUAGUAAUUACACCUAUAGUAUAAGUUAUCAAGUUAUCAUCAUUAUGGAUAACGUUUUAAAAAUAAUAUAUUGUGUAACUAAGAAUUUUACUCCUAAACUACAUGUGCAAUAAGUCCCUAGUGUUAGUGUAAAGUAUACUUUACCUGUUUACUUUGUAGUAGAAGUAGUAUUAAAUUUAAUAAAUAAACUAAUCAAUCAAUUUUUCA